CGCGUCAGCCUCGAAGCCUACCGCUGUAGCGCGCCUCCGCGUCGCGCGUCACCGGCUCAGAAGAGCAUGUCGAACAUCGGCAUCCCCAUCAAGGUGCUGCACGACGCGGAGGGGCACACCGUCACCGUCGAGCUCAAGAACGGCGAGGUGUACAGGGGAAAGCUCGACGAGGCGGAGGACAACAUGAACGUCCACCUCUCCAACUGCACAAAGACGAUGAAGGACGGGCAGGUCGAGAUGCUCUCCAACGUCUUUCUGCGCGGCUCGCACGUGCGCUUCAUGGUCCUGCCGGACAUCCUGAAAAACGCGCCCUUCUUUAAGAAGAUCGACACCAAGGCCAACAAGGCCUCCAAGGCUGGCAAGGCCAAGCAGGCAGCCACGCAGAGGGCGGCCGGGCGGCCGACGCCGGGGAUGCCGCCGCCGAAGGGCAGGGCAGCGCGCGACGGCGCGCGGUAGCGGCUCCCCCCCGCUGGCCUCAGGCCAGCGCGCGCCCUUUUUCCAGUGGCGCCGCGGCGCAUCUCCGAGAUUGCGCUGCACGCGCACCGCCGCCGAUCCGCGUGCGGCGGGCGCCCCCCCCGCCUGCUCCCGAAUCUCGUCUGCUUGGACUCCUUCGCCCUGCGCUGUAGCAGCCGUCGCCGGCAUUGACCAUUGAGCAUUGUGUUACGUUCAUGACAAUGUGUUUUGCUUUUGGAAUCACCAUGCUUCAU